AAUCAUUAAUACAAUAACGUUAUUUAGCAGACAAUUGUGUACAAAACACACAUCAAUGAUAAUUGUCACGGUUUCAGACAUUUCUCUAUAACAGCAUAUUGUAUGCAAUGAAUGAAUCAUUGAUUGCAAACUCAAACAACUGUUGAAUAAGAGUAUUUUGUUUCAAAGUUUUAUUCAAACAAAAUUUCCAUUAGAGAUAAAAACGGGACACAAAUGGCCGCUAUUUCGGACAAACAGCUGUCGGACAGCGAAAAGAUUGAAAUAAUAACCCGGUUUAUACUUCACGCGCCGCCCGGAGAGUUCAGAGAUGUGGUCAACGAUGUGCGCCAACUCUUGAACGAUGACCAGCUAUUGAAAGAAAAGGCAUCAAGCGUUUUCUCGCAACACAUUAAAGACCAAUUGACUCCCGUUUCCGUUCAAACCGUUCAAAAUAAGACUUUGAUCACAGAACACAAUGAGUUGGAAAGCGAUCGUUAUUUCGAUCCCAGAAGUCAACUGUCAUUCAAAUACGACAACUUGAAGGAAACGGUGAGCGAAUACCAGCCGUGGACUCCCGACCCCAUCAGCGAGGGCUGGAGGUCGGCGUUGGACGACGUGUGGAGCAAAUACUGCGCCGAUCGCUAUCCCAAUGGUGUGAGCGCUGUGUUUGGGUUCAGUAGAAACGGAAACAUCUCUUUGACCGCUUGUAUUGAAUGUCACACUUUUCAACACAAGAACUUUUGCAACGGAAAGUGGCGUUCGGUUUGGAGUUUGAGUUUCCCGGGAAUGGGUUCGCGAGCGGAACUGAAGGGUGCGAUCAAAGUGCAGGUCCACUACUUCGAGGACGGAAAUGUGCAACUCUUCAGCGUUAAGGACUAUUCAAAACCAAUCGCUAUUACUAAUGAGAAACAAUUGGCAGAAGACAUAAAACAAUUGAUCGAAGAAUCGGAAGAUGAUUAUCAAACGGCCAUUUGUGACAAUUAUCAGACAAUGUCUGAAUCCACGUUCAAAGCCCUUCGAAGAGCGCUUCCAGUGCUUAAGGGGAGACUCGACUGGAAUCGAAUCGUCAAUUACACGAUUGGCAAUGAAUUGAAGCCUUACAAAGUCUGAGGAAAAAAGCAAUUAGAAAUACUUUUUAAAUGAUUAUUGAAUUCAUUGAAUAAAAAUUGAUGUAAAUUAUAAACUUAUUAAACAUUUUUAC